UAAUAUCUUAAAAUUGUCACAUGAAUUAAGAUUCUAGUUUCCUUGUGGAGUUUCUUGGUGCUUUCUUGUCUUAUUUAUAUACACUCAUACUUGAAUGAAUGGCAACAACCUAAGGAAGAAAUUAAAACUGUGAUAUGCCCAUUAUUCUUCUAAUAGUUUUCUUAUUCCUAUUCUCUAAUUUCAGAGCCCAAGAGCUAACCUUCGAUGUAAAGCAACAUCUCUCCACUGUUACCAGAUAUGAAGCAUCGAAAUGUGGUCGUAAUAGUAACCAUAAUAUUCCUCCUCCUCCGGAUGGGUGUGUUCCCAUUCACUUAAAUCUUGUGGCAAGGCAUGGAACUCGUGCUCCGACCAAAAAACGAAUCGAAGAGUUAAACAACUUGGAAAAUGAAUUAAAAAAGCUCCUAGGAGAUGAUGUAGGAAAGAUUGAUUCGUCUCAUCACAAAGUGCCUUCCUGGUUGAAGCAAUGGAAAUCCCCUUGGAGUGAAAAAGUGAACGGUGGAGAAUUGAUUCCCGAAGGAGAGGAAGAGUUGUAUGAUCUCGGAAUCCGAACCAAAAAACUGUUUCCUGACUUGUUGAGUGACAACUAUCACCCCGACGUAUAUACAAUCAAAGCAACUCAGAUUGAUCGAGCAUCGGCCAGUGCUGUGGCAUUUGGUAUGGGGCUAUUUAAUGGGAGUGGAAGCCUUGGUUCAGAUCGUCAUCGAGCUUUCUCAGUCAUUAGUGAGAAUCAUGCUAGUGAUAUGAUGCUUAGGUUUUUUGAAAGUUGUCGAAGAUAUAAGAAAUACAAAAAGAAACAGAAACCUAAAGUGGAGAAGCUUAAGGAACCGGUACUCCAUGAUAUAACUAAGUCACUCACUGAACGUUAUGAUCUAAAUUUUACUCAGCAACACAUUUCAUCUCUUUGGUUUCUUUGUAAGCAGGAGGCAUCCUUAUUGAACAAAACAGAUCAAGCUUGUGGACUGUUCAACCCUUCCGAGGUUGCUUUGUUGGAGUGGACCGACGAUAUAGAGGUGUUUAUGUUGAAGGGUUAUGGCAAUUCAUUAAAUUAUAGAAUGGGAGUUAAUUUGUUGAAAGAUGUUUUUGAAUCCAUGAAGAACGCUAUCAAAGCCAGACAAGUCCCUGGAAGGCUUUAUGAGAAGGCAAGACUUCGUUUUUCUCAUGCUGAAACUGUUAUUCCAUUCACAUGUUUGCUUGGGCUCUUCCUCGAAGGAGAAGCAGAAGCAGAAGAAUUUAAACAAAUCCAAACGGAGCAUUAUCCUUUAGAGCUUCCUCCUCGGCCUCCCGCUACUAGAAAUUGGAAGGUCAGCAAUGUUUCACCUUUUGCUGGGAAUAACAUGCUGGUUCUCUAUAGCUGCCCUGUUGCUAACUCGUUCGACGAGUACUUUGUCCGAGUGUUGCAUAAUGAAGAACCCAUAGCAAUGCCGGGUUGUGAUGGUUCGUACUUUUGUCCCUUCAACAUGUUCAAGGAAAAAAUUGUGGAUCCUCUUCUUAAGCAUGAUUUCAAGAAGUUGUGCACGGUAAAUGAGGAAGAACCAACACAGGUGCUCGAAUCGAGUAAGUUAUCAUUGUUCGAUUGGCCAAGUAAGUUAUCAUUGUUAGAUUGGUUCUUCUGGCUUCGCAACGAUGAUGAACAACCUCAAAAAGAUGAAUUGUAACAAAUAUUGCCUACUAGUCUAUAUACUCUUUGUUGCUUUACAUUAUUGUUUGUUUUUCUUAACUCACUAGUAUAGAACUAGAACUUAAUGUAAGUUAAAAACGAUACAAUAUCGACACAACGUCGGUUCUAAACUAACAUUAUAGAUUAUCAAAUUUUCAGUAUCAAUUAUCUUUCACCAUCUUCAAUAUAAUGCUACUUAAAAA